UGGAGGCGCGUGGAGCACGUGGUCCGUCCUAAGUAGGAGUGGGGUGUCAGAUGUAUAAACAUCUCUCGCCAUCUCCCUUCUCUUUAAACUUCGCCAUCACCGCGGGGGGAAACUCCUCCUAUUCUUGCGUCCAAUUAAUUAUUAGGGUCUGGCCCUUUAAGACGGAGCCGAGGGUCAGCAAGUGGCGUAGAGUUUCUCUAAUUGAACUUCGCCCAAUCAACAACAACUCGUUAGCGCUCGCUUGAUCUCGUCCGUUUUGUGCGACUCGGGUUUAUUUUGUGUGCGCGCGCGUGUGUGUGUGUGUGAGAGAGAGUGUGUGUGUUGAGACUGUGUCAUUUUCGCUUCCCAAACAAAUGCAUGGGGCUCUUCGGAAAAAGUGGGAUUGCUGUAAGCGGACGUGGAUUCGGGUGCGUGUGAGAGCGCAGCGCACUCUUGAAGCAAUGGUGUUUCCCGAAGAACACCUCAGAUCCAAGAUUGCCGGCGGUUCUGUUUAAAAGACAACGAUACCCAAACCCGGGAGAGAGGAAAAUCUUUUUAUGCAGAAAGAAGCGAUCGUGGCUGUUGCUCGAAACAGAAAACUGUUUUCAUUACUUUCUCCUAGGACUGUCAUGACCUCCAGUAAAGACAUGAAGGCAGGCUCGGUGUUGCAAUCGGCCCGCGAGGAGAGAAGACGGGGUCCUUUAGAUCAGCUGCCGCCCCCCGCUAACUCCAACAAGCCUUUAACUCCGUUCAGCAUUGAGGAUAUCUUAAACAAACCGUCCGUGAAGAAGUCGGUGACGAGCCUGUGUCCGCCGCGCGUGCACGAGAAGGUAGCGGGAGCGAACGCGGUGCGGAACGGCCUCAGCACUCCCUCCUCUCCCUUAUGCGCGCUCGAGGAGCUAGCUAGCAAAACUUUUAAAGGACUUGAAGUCAGCGUUAUACAAGCAGCAGAAGGUCGGGAACACGUGAACGCGUUCGGCCAGCGGCAGGUGUCGAAAAAGCGGCGGAAGUCGCGCACGGCUUUCACCAACCAUCAGAUCUACGAGCUGGAGAAGCGCUUCCUGUACCAGAAAUACCUCUCACCGGCUGAUCGUGACCAGAUCGCGCAGCAGCUCGGCCUCACCAACGCACAGGUCAUCACCUGGUUUCAGAACCGACGGGCUAAGCUCAAACGAGAUCUGGAGGAGAUGAAAGCGGACGUCGAGUCGCUGAAGAAGAUCCCCCCGCAGACGCUGCAGAAACUCGUGUCUAUGGAGGACAUGGACGAUGCGCACGGCGGCUCGGGCCCGAUCUCACCGAGCGCGUCCCCGACAGCACACGGUCUCAGAGUGUUUCCACAGUCGCCGCCUUCAUCCCGAGGCCAAACCACAGACGAGUUCUCUGAAGAGGACGAGGAGAUUGAGGUGGACGAUUGAGUGGGUUUUUUUCCCCCCGUUAUACCGGGGGUCUCUUUUCAGUGCUGAUGACUUGCUCGUUGCUCUAAACAGCAGAGGAACAUCCGUUUUUAUUCACACAACUUUUGCACGAAUGUUGAACAUUGCGGAAGAACUUAAGAAUUGAAAGGAUGCUUUCCCCCACUACCACCACCACCCCUUCUUCUCUUUUUUCUUUUUCUCUCUUUUAAUCUUUCAUGUUUUAAUUUAUUGCAAGGAUUGUAAAAGCCUCCACGACUGACACCCCCCCGAGCUGAAAAGGAUUUUUGCAUUCAGUAGGAAUCUGAGAAAUUGAUUAGUUAUUGUGGUACAAGAUCACAAAUGCAACAUGUGUAUGUCCUUUUUUUUUUAUAUUUCAAAAAAUGUUAUAAAUACCACGUAAUAUGAAGGGAAACUUGUGCAAUUGUUUCUUUACGCAGUUCGUCAGUGGCAUCACAUGUUAUAGCUGCUAUUGAUACGCAUCUGCCAAAUGUGAUUUUUCUUUCCAAACGAAUUUCUCAAGUAUAUAGUCAUAUUUAUAUUUAUACAAUGUUAAGAAAGAUGUCAGUCGCGUUAUUCGUUAUUAGUGUUUGUCAUUUCGCUGGGAAAUGGAUUCAUAUUCCCAAUGGCAACUGCUGGAACAUUUUCUCCCGCAUUAGUAAUUCUGGUUCUUUACCCUGGAUGAAAAGCCAGUUUUUAAUAACCAAAUGAUCCAAAACAAACAGGGGGCAAGGUUGUGUGUAUAAAUCAACUUAUGAUGCAUUUACGCGAGAAAAGUUAUUGUAACAUUCUAUUUAAUCACCAUUUAUGUAAAUAAAGGUUAUAUGAUAUUUCA